GUGUCUCAAUAGAGGAUGGGUAUCUACCUAAAGUUACUUUUGUAGUGGUCCAAAAGAGACAUCACACCCGUCUCUUUCCUGUCAACCCCAAAGAGACCGAUAGAAGUGGAAAUAUUAUGCCAGGAACCGUGGUAGACACCAGCAUUUGUCACCCUAGGGAAUUUGAUUUUUACCUUAACAGCCAUGCAGGAAUUCAGGGGACUAGUCGACCAACGCAUUAUCAUGUGCUGUAUGAUGAAAAUAAAUUCACUGCAGACCAGCUACAGAGUUUGACCAAUAACUUAUGCUACACUUAUGCGAGGUGUACUCGAUCUGUCUCAAUAGUUCCUCCUGCCUAUUAUGCACACUUGCUAGCUUUCCGCGCUAGAUACUACAUAAGUGAAGUUGAAAAUUCUGAUUCUGGUUCUGCAAGUGGAAAUAGGAGUGCCACCAACUUUGUGUCGACUCUGCCAUCUAUCUUGGAAAACGUCAAAGAAGUAAUGUUUUACUGUUGAUCUUGAUUUGUCGUACAAGCUUCGUGGAUAGAUUUAGGAGUUAGGAUAUUCA